AUGACAUUUGUUGCUGGCAGUAAAAUGGACUGGCUGUCCCCACGCUAUCACAAGCAGUCCCUAGCUCAAACUCUCUGUCGUUCGGGAUUGUUCGUGAUCUGUAUGGUAAGUUCAUUAUUUUGUUGAAUACAAUUAUAUAAAUGUAUCCAGAUGGCAAAUUAAUAAUGUUUUGGAAUGCAGUUUUGUUGCAAUAAUUCACAAAUGGCUAUAUAAGAUCAGUUACCUAUAACAAUAAAAUAUAUAGCGGACAACCCUCACCAAAUAGUCACAGAUUCAUUUUAUUAAAGUGAAAUGCUUCUCUUGUACAAAACAAUUAUUGACAGAUGUUUUUGGGGGGAGGGGUCACUUUGUUAUUGAGUGAAAUGCCAAUCACUCCAUCUCAUGCCAUGCUGCUUGCAGAGAGACAGAGAGAGGCUGCAGCGAGAGAGAGAGAGAAUUAUAAAUUGGCCACUGUCUGUUCCAACUAGCCAUUCAGCUGUGGCAGCACAAUAAUAAGAGGAUAGAGAACAGAGAGAGUCACCAAAAUGAAGCCCGGACACAGCAUUCCAGCAUUCUGAUGGGACAGCAGGGAUAAUACCUGGUAUUGUUCACUGACCAAUGAAUGACCAUCAGGGACCAUGUCCUGACUCCUUCUACAACUUGCCCUGAAGUGACCUCAACUCAGAGAUGUGAUUGUGGGAUAUUGCCCAAUAGCCUAACCGCUGAUGCAGGGUCAAAGAUAUGGUAUCUGAUCCUAGAUCUGUCUUUGAGGACAAUUUGUACUACCUGGAGUGAUAUGUGAAAGCAUUACACUUAUUAUGUGGCAUAAGAGGAAUACCAUCAGUACAUUGUUCCUUAUAAGGCCAUUUUGGGAAAACUGCCAUUUUAUCUAUCCUCUCUUCUAGCUCGAAAUGAAAACUCAUACAUGCUUAGAUCUCAAUCUUGUUUUAUGCUAACGGUCCCGAAAAUUAGAACUGAGCAUGGAAAAAGGUCCUAUCAUUACUCAGCCCCCUGGUCUUGGAAUUACCUAAAACUAAAGGAACCUGGUGUCCCUGGAGGAGUUCAAAGGACAAAUAGAUUAACAGAUUGUUGAGACGUAGUUGUUUCUUGUUGUCACCCGAUGUCACGAGUUUGCGUUGCCUUAUGUAAGGAAGCAUGUUGUUUUACUUCACACAAACAUCCACUGUUUAUUUGCUGUUGUAUUUGUGCUGUUGCCAGUGUCUUCUGUCUGUGUUGUCCAUUUUAUUAGAAUUUUUUAAUUUUUUAAUCCCUGCCUCCGUCCCCACAGGAGGCCUUUUGCCUUUUCCAGGUCGUCAUUGUAAAUAAGAAUUUGUUCUUAAUUGACUUGCCUGAUUAAAUAAAUAAAUAAAAAUCACAAGGUGGGUGACAUCUUGCGAUUGGAAUAUUAAAAUGAACUGUGUUGCUGUUCCUCCUCCUCCCUCUUCUCCAGGGAAUGAUGUUGACCAUGUCUAUGUAUCCCAUGCUGAGGUCCCUGGGUGUAAAGCUCCAUUCUUCCAUCUCAGGGAGCUACAUACCUGGACACCACUCUGUUCUCCUCAUCAACUGCCCCAACGAACAGACAGCCAAGGACAUCGGC